AUGUUAUGGAAACACGAGGUUUAUGCUUUACCGUUUUCAUUGUUUCUUCUUUUUGGAGUACUACGUGGACCGGAGCGGAUAUGGGAACGAUCCUCUGUGUCUGGGCUGAGUGCAUUUACGGGUAGAGCGGCCCCACAAAGGCCGGUGAUAGUAACGUAUAGUGGCGGUGGCGGUCGUCGUGUGGGUCCCACCUCCUCAUCCUUCGCUGGACCUCACGCUGUGCAUAGUUGCAUCCAAUCCAGAAGAAAGGGUCCCACAAAGAAACAACUAGAGUCUGCUUCUUUCUUGUCAUAUUUUUUUUUUGUUGCAUGGAUGGAUCCUUCAAGCAGACAAUAUCAGGAGAUGUCUAACCCUUCAAUGGUAAACAUGGUGGUUACCACUAUAGGAAAUGAACAACAAGAGAAGAGACCAAGGCCACAACCGGAUCAAGCUCUCAAGUGUCCAAGAUGUGAUUCCACCAACACCAAGUUCUGUUAUUACAACAACUAUAGCCUGUCUCAGCCAAGGUACUUUUGCAAGUCAUGUAGGAGAUAUUGGACCAAAGGUGGCACACUGCGGAACGUCCCGGUCGGUGGCGGCUGUCGGAAAAACCGAAUAUCGUCAUCCAAGAGUACCCAAGAUCAACCAUUAACACCAAACACCACCCUCCCAUCUUUGAGCUAUAACACAAAUGACUUCAGCUUAGCUUUUGCGAGGCUCCAAAAUCAAGCCAAUGUAAAGUUAGGAUUUGAUGCUAAUGAACUUUCCAUGCUUGGAAACCCUAAUGGCCUCACCUUCAUCGGGAACCAGAACGAUUUUCAGGGCUUUUAUAACUACGUGAGCUUGGGGGAGGUUGACAAUGGCGGUGGAACCGUGGCCGGUGUUGGUAAUGACAUGAUGACGGUGUUGCCGUAUAACAGCAGCGACGAUGACAAUGCUGCAAUAACGACGACAUCGGACGCGAUGGUCGCGAAAAUGAAACAAGAGUUUUGUAAUAACGGUGAACAAAAUGAGGACCGGUCCGUAUUAUGGGGUCUUCCAUGGAAACUCAGUGGUGACCAUGGGAGUUAUAACAUGGCUGAGCUUGGCUCGGGAAGAGAAAACUGGGGUGGACUCAAUUCAUCUUGGCAUGGACUCCUUAAUAGCUCUCUAAUGUAUUAA